GGCGCCAGUAGAAGCAGGCCGGAGCUCGCACUGUGACUGUGACCGGGACCGCAGGCGGGAAACCACCCUCUCGGUUUAUUUUUUUGAUUCCCCAGAUCGUUAUUAGUAACCCCCAGCAGCCGCCAUGUUCGAGGCUCGGUUAGUACAGGGCUCCAUCCUGAAGAAGGUGCUCGAGGCGCUGAAGGACCUGAUCGAUGAGGCGUGCUGGGACAUCACCUCCAGCGGGAUCAGCCUGCAGAGCAUGGACUCGUCACACGUCUCGCUGGUGCAGCUCACCCUCCGCUCGGACGGCUUCGACACCUACCGCUGCGACCGCAACCAGUCCAUCGGGGUCAAGAUGAGCAGUAUGUCAAAAAUCUUGAAGUGUGCUGCAAGUGAAGACAUAAUUACACUCCGGGCUGAAGAUAAUGCAGACACCGUCACAAUGGUUUUUGAAUCAUCAAAUCAAGAGAAAGUUUCAGAUUACGAAAUGAAGCUUAUGGAUCUGGAUGUGGAACAGUUGGGAAUUCCUGAGCAGGAGUACAGCUGUGUUAUAAAGAUGCCAUCUGGGGAAUUUGCACGCAUCUGCAGAGAUCUUAGCCAGAUUGGUGACGCUGUUGUAAUUUCAUGUGCUAAAGAUGGAGUAAAAUUUUCUGCUAGUGGAGAACUUGGAACUGGAAAUGUUAAGCUGUCACAGACCUCCAAUGUGGAUAAACAAGAGGAAGCGGUCACAAUAGAGAUGAAUGAGCCAGUCCAGCUUACAUUUGCUUUGAGAUACCUCAAUUUCUUCACCAAAGCUACUCCCCUGUCCCCAACAGUAACACUUAGUAUGUCUGCAGAUAUCCCACUUGUUGUGGAAUACAAAAUUGCAGAUAUGGGUCAUGUGAAAUACUAUCUAGCUCCCAAGAUAGAAGAUGAAGAAGCUUCGUAAACAUACUUUUUAUGACUUAUCUGAACAUCUAAAAAGCUCUUGUUUGACUGCCUUUGAAGACAGCAAGUUCUUGUUUAACUGAUGAGCGCAUGCUGAUACACCAACCUGCCCAGCUGUUCAUGGCAUGUCUGUAGAUAUUUAUGUAAAUAUAUUGCUAUCUUUGUAAAACCUGCCCAUGCAGUCAAUAAAUCUUUGUUAUAACAAA